UAAAAAGACAAAGGAUAUUGUUUCACCAAUUGGAAACGAGAGGUGCAAAGUUACCACCAUCAGACAGAAAGAGCAAAGGACCUUCCUCUCUAUUCUCUCCCCCUUCUCCAUACCCGCAAUCAAGAUAAUGAUCACCCUUAAAGCCAUUCAACCAUCGAUCCCAACACUGCACCAAUCUUUUCCCUGCCGAAGAAACUUCACCAAUAAGGAUAAGAAUAAAUCUACUCACUGUUUCUGCAGUUCAAACGAUGACGGAUCUGACUCCUCUCCAUCCAGUGGUGACAAGAGAAAACAGGAACUCCUCGCACGAAUCGCGAUGUUACAAGCACAAAAGGUUCGCCUCACCAACUUCCUUGAUGAACGCGCCGACUACCUGGCCAAGUUUGCGGAGGAUGCGAAUUCCCAGUUUGAUGAGAUCGGACAGAACGCGCUCAAAGAGCUCGACGAAGCCGGUUCUCGGAUAAUGGAGAACCUGGAAAGUAGGAUGCAGGCUUUUGAGGAGACGGCCGAAGUUAAUAGACAAGAGAUCGAGAAAAAUGAGAAGGUUUUGGAGGAGUUUGAGGACCAGAUGGAGAGGGACAGAAAUGAAGGGCUGUUCUUCAAGAAUCUGAGAGAGAAGAAGCCGACAGACAAAGCAGCAGCCAAGUUGGAAGCACAGAAGCUAAAAGAAAUUACGAAGGAGAACGCCGGGUCAAAACUUAGGAGGAAUAUAUACCUUGUGCUCAUGUCCUUGCUGGCCGUCGCAAUAGCUGAUGGCCUCUUCAAUACUACUGAAGUCGAGUGGCGGAAAAUCGCAGCACUGGGCUUGAUUUUCGUGGGUUUGCUCGCGCAGCUUAUCUACGAGCAGAGCCUGUCGUCAAAAACCGAGGAAACAGAAGAAAAGAAAUAGCGGAAGGCAGUGAUGGAAGUGGAAUUCCUUGUUCAAUUUGCUGUAAAUGUAAGUACUUUUAAGUAUAGAUUGUAUAGCAUUUUCAGAACAAAAGUUUUAAAAAAUAAAACGACUUCGGAGCAAAGCUGAAUGUUGCUCGGUGAUAUAAACCACAGAAUUCUCACAUCUGGGGCCUGAUACGCACCGAGCUCCCUUUAUUUUUGCAUCAAAAAAUUCCUUGGCGUUAUAUCUUAAGCGCCAAAUCAAUGUAACAUAGUACACACUUUGAUGCUUGGUUGCAAAGGAUUGCUUCUAAUAA